AUGAUCAUCUUGUUGGCGUUCCGAAUGCCCAACCCCCUUGCCCAUAGACUACUUCCCCGCGCGACCCACCCGGUCAACGACGUCCCAUACCACGUGGCUCAGUAUUGGGAUAAAGGGGUGCGCCAGCGUAUUGAGGAGAAGACGCUAGCAUUGCAGGCGGCAAGGAAGAAGCAGCAGAGGAAAAACGGCAGCGCCACCGGCCUUUGCCCAGGAGAGGUUUCCAGAGAUCUGCGCGAAAGUGCUAAGCGGCUGCCCGUUGUCAAGACAUGGGUACGGUCCUUGGAGGAUCCGGUUCGGCGUUUUGUCAUCGAACAAUGGGGCGACAGCCUAGAGGGGAGCGAAGAGGAAGACGGGGAAGAAGUCUUAUUUUCCGGAAGGAAGUCCAUGGCAAUAGAUCGGGAAAUUGGAUGGAAAAGAGCUCGGAAGGAGAUGGCGAAUGGCAAAGUCGAGGUCGGCAUGGUAUAUGAGUCCCAGCACGACGACGAAACUGCAGCGCUCAAGAGAUGGCUGACCCAUUCCAUAUCGGAUUACUACGGCCUAGAGUCCAAGUCCGUGACCGUUGGCAAUCCAGGUCGUCGUGUCGUGUACGUCGGACUGAGGCGAUUCCUCGGAAAGGCCCUGGAAGAGAAGCGUUACUACCCAACAGUUAUUCUACAGCAGUUGAACCCAUCAGGACGCCGCCUCUUCAGCACGACGCGUAAAAUGUCGUGCGACAGCCACAGCGAUCCUAUGGUUGACUAUAUCUUGGACGCCGGUCUCCUUGAGGUGUUUCCAUCCUUGGACAUUCAUCGGCACGAAGAGCUAGUUAAACAUGACAGCUACCACAGAUGCGAUGUCGGUGCAACGGCUAUGGUCCUCCGCGAUGUUUUUAUCAACGUGGGAGAUUACUCGACUACUAAUGGAUCAGAUAACGCGGAUGAUUCAGAUUUGUCCUGCUGCUCUACUGGGGACGGUGAAUAUUCUACAGCUACGAGCUCGCCAAUAGACGAUGGCUUUUCCGACUGCAUCGCAUGGGCUUUCGAAGAGGCUCUCACGCGUCAUCUGCAGCUCUUUGACGUCAGCCGCGAUGACUAUGCGGUCACUCUGGAUGAAAAGGCGGAAGUCAUCACACAGCUAUGGGCAACUUUUGGCUGGGCCUGCUGUGGGGAGAUUUACCCUUUUGGACGCUUUCUUCAGCAGCAUGGCCACCACUGUAUGGGCGCAGAGUGGUCUGCAGCUCUUGAACGGGACUGGCACUAUGUGCUCCAGUCCAUUGAGAGUCAUGGCCAUCGAAUUUUGGCCCAGCCGAAGGGCCACUUCGUGCACGAACAGGGCGUCAGCACGGAGAAAGCCAUUUCCCAGAGCCUCUGGUCCGAGUCGGACAGCCAAGUUGGCGAAAUCACUGAGCUAUACGUCCAGGAGGGAUACGGUAGCCAGACAUCAAGGCACUCGAGCCCAGGAAAAGUCCAGGCUUCUUGCAAAGCCGCUGAAAAUAAGCUCGACUCGAUGUCACUCACUACCGGAAACGAGGUGUCAUCCCAUAUCAGCAACGGUGUCGCCGGCCACAAGGUCAAGCCUUCAGUUGCCAAAUUUGACCUCCUUGGAGGCGUACGAAACAUGCUCGGGUGGCUCCCGGGAUUCGAGUACUUGAGAGAGCCAACUUCUUCUUCAGAGAGUUCCAGGAUCGACAUCUCAACGAAUCCCAAAGUAUAA